AUGGCCAACACGGGCCACCUGUCCCACCUCGAGGUGGGCGACUUCCUCAUCCCCCUCACCGCCCGAGGCCGCAAACAGGCCCGACAAGCCGGCACCAGGGUCGGGCCUGCCUUCAUCGACGAUUGUCUCAUCUUCUGCUCGCCCUAUCGACGGGCACAGCAGACGCUCGAGGAGAUCCUCAGGGGUGGCGGCGUGCAGGAGGACUACCUCCAGCAGGGGGCGGGCGCCCAAGACGACGUCGACGAUCUGGACUCCUCCAAUGAUGAAGAAGAUGGCAGCAGUAGCGAAGAGGAUGAAGAAAGAGCUGGCGACAACCCGCCUCGCCCCUACCGCAUACGCGAAGACCCUCGACUGAGGGAGGUGGACCAUGGGUACGAGGACCUGCAGGCCCAGGAGGCCAAGCGCGAGCGCCACGGCUGGUUCUACUACCGAUUCAACGGAGGCGAGAGCCCCGCCGACUGUUACGAUCGAACGAGCAUCUUCAUGGAGAGCCUGAUUCGGCAGGUAGAACGCAAGGCCGAGCGGGAGAACAAGCCGGUCAAGGUCCUCAUCGUGUCGCAUGGCCUGACCAUCAGAUGCUUCGUGAUGCGGUAUCUGCACUUGAAGGUGGCCGACUUUGACACGAUCGCCAACCCACACAACUGCGACGUCAUCACGCUGGGCCUCAAGGACGACCUCACCAAGGAGUUCGGGAAGGACUCGUGGCUCUUCUCCACCGGCCGAUGGGCCGUCCACGGCCUCAAGAAGCGAGAUGACUAA